CAGCUGCUGUUAAAGAAGGACCUUUAAACUCGAACAAGCUCGACCAGUUUCCCUGAUUAUCCUCGUCCUCUGACACUCGAAUGAGCUCUGCUCCAAGAUGCCUCUGAACAAUGAGCGACCCACGUCCACGUCCAGCGGGGAGGACCUGAGUGGAGACGUGGAGUCGUUGUCUGAAAGCUGUGACAACAUGACGCUGGCCAGCGACCGUGACAGUUUCAACAGCGAUUGCUCCAGCAAGCACAGCUCGCCCUCCUCGAGCCCGCCCAAAGUCCUAACUUUAGACGAAGUGAUGGCGAGUGGAAAAGACCUGUUUGAUCUCAGACUUGCACAUGAGAUUACUGUUAACCCCAGUUUCCGUAUGGAGGCGAAUGUCCGAUCACAGAACAGUUUAUGGAACGCAGUGGAAGACAAUCUCCACAGGGCGUACUGGGACAUCCUGCAGACGGAGCUGAACGACGACCCACCCGAGUACCGGCACGCCAUCAAGUUACUGGAGGAGAUCAGAGAGAUCCUGCUAUCGUUCCUUAACCCCGGCACUAACCGGAUGCGGACCCAGAUCAUGGAGGUUCUGGACAUGGACCUGAUCCGUCAGCAGGCUGACAACAACGCCGUGGACAUCCCGGGCCUCGCCUCCUACAUCAUCUCCACCAUGGACAAGCUCUGCGCUCCCGUCAGAUCCCGGGACGUCGCCAAGCUGCGGGAGAGCACAGAUAACAUCGUGACGCUGUUAAAGGAGAUAUUCCGGGUUCUGAACUUGAUGAGGGUGGACUUGGUCAACUUUUCAAUCGACAGCUUAAGGGUUAUGUUGCAGAGGAGCGGCGUUGAAUAUGAGAGGGCAACAUUUCAGAAGAUCUUGGACAGCACCCCAACUGCGUUAAAGCACACCACGUCCUGGAUCCAGUCUGCGCUGGACGAGCUGCUGGCGGCUGCAGGCGGUCAGGGGAAAGGACAGCAACCCAUGGUUGGAGCGUUCCAGCUCCUAAACACCGCCUUCCUCCACUUACUCACAUGUGACUUCUCAAAGGAUCCACUGCCUGAGACCUGGGUGCUGGACGAGUCUCGCCUGCAGGAGACCCGGUUCCUGCUCCAGCGGGUCCAGACGGUGAACGGGGUUCUGCUGAUCGUGUUCCAGACCGUGGGCGGGCCCGUCCAGGACCUUCCCUCCCUGUCCGACCGCCUGAAGAGGAUGAUCAGCGUUCUGCUGGAGGGGAUGCACAGACCGGACUUUAACCUGGGAGAGUCUCUAGAGGCCGUUAGUGCUCAGACCUGCCGUGAGCUCAACAAGUCUCUAACGGAGAGGAACUUCCCUGCCCUGACCCCGGAGCUGCAGGACACGCUCACCGGACAGAUCUGCAGCAUCAACCAGGAGGACAAUCCCAUCCGCACUCUCAUUGGUAACUAAGGCACCAUGAGUUGA